UCCCCCGCCCAAGUAAUUUUUCUCUUCCUCCUUUUCCCCUCACCAUCAGGUCAGAUCAGAUAUCCCCCAGAAAAAGUCCUUGAAUCUCAGACUUUUCGGGCAGCAUUUUCCGGGGAAAGUAGAUUUCGCACUCCUGCAAGGAAGACUUUUUUGGAGUCCUAUCUCUCUCUCUCCUCGUUUUUCUUUAUAGCUUUUUUCUGCCUUUUUAUUCUUUCUGGGUGAAUCCCACUUUUGUUGCUCUUGCUUGCGAGUUCUUGUACAGUGCAUGGGGAAGGGGAUAGGAACGAACAACCCAACCCCCCCACCACUUCCCUCUUCACGUGCGCAGCUUCAGCAUAUCAUGUGACCAUCCGUCUUCCCUCUUCCGUCUGACUCUCUUUGACCUCCCUUCUCCCCCCUUCUCUCUGUCUCUCUCUUCCCCCUCACUGUUCACACCUUUUAGACAGUACCCGUCACUCCCCCUCUCUCCCUCUCUCUCUCUCUCUCUCUCCCUCUCUAUCUCUCUCUUACUGGGACACCUUACUCUUCAAAACCAGGAAAUACUCUUUCUCUCUCUGCAAAAAGGAAGUGGGUUGAAUCUCCUUCUAUGUGAGAGCACUCAACCAUGGGCUGUAUUCAGUCCAAGACCGCCCAUCUUCCGUCACCGGACCAAGAACCCUCUCAAGCUGACCCCAAACCAGAUCCAGCAAAUGGAGAGCAAGUGGACCAGGACCAAGUUCCUGCAUUCAAAGAGUUUCCGCUCGCCGACCUCCGAGCCGCCACAAAUGGGUUUAGCAGUGAAUUGAUUGUCUCAGAAUGUGGAGAGAAGGCCCCCAACGUUGUUUACAGAGGGAAGCUCCGGAACAACUGUUUGGUCGCCAUUAAGCGUUUCUCCAAACAAUCUUGGCCUGAUCCUCAACAAUUUGUGACAGAAGCAUCUGGGGUUGGCAAAGUCCGGCAUAAGAGGUUGGUGAAUUUAAUUGGGUGUUGUGCUGAAGGGGAUGAGCGCCUAUUGGUGGCAGAGUACAUGCCAAAUGAUACUCUAUCCAAGCAUCUGUUUCACUGGGAGAAGCAGCCAUUGCCUUGGGAGAUGCGGGUUAGAGUUGCUUACUAUAUUGCACAGGCACUUGACCAUUGCAAUACUGAAAACCGGAAGAUCUAUCAUGAUUUGAAUGCAUACAGAGUUCUCUUUGAUGAGGAUGGUGACCCUCGGUUAUCAAGUUUUGGCCUUAUGAAGAACAGCCGGGAUGGAAAAAGCUACAGUACAAAUUUGGCUUACACUCCACCAGAAUUUCUACGGACAGGAAGGGUCAUCCCUGAGAGUGUGAUUUAUAGUUAUGGGACUGUAUUGCUGGAUCUUUUGAGUGGCAAGCAUAUCCCUCCAAGCCAUGCGUUGGAUUUGAUAAGGGGUAAAAAUUCUUUAUUGUUAAUGGAUUCAUCCUUGGAAGGACAAUAUGUCAAUGAAGAUGCAUCUGAAUUGGUCGAGCUAGCCUCAAAAUGUCUGCAGUAUGAGGCCAGAGAUAGGCCUGACAUCAAGUUCCUCCUAUCAUCAGUUGCGCCCCUCCAGAAGCAGAAAGAGGUGGCUUCGCAUGUUCUUAUGCGAAUCACUAAAACUCCUGUAGUGCUUCCAACAAUGCUAUCACCGCUUGGGAAGGCAUGUGUUAGGAUGGACCUUACAGCUGUACAUGACAUUCUGCUUAAGACGGGUUAUAAGGAUGAAGAAGGUGCGGAAAAUGAGCUUUCGUUCCAAGAAUGGACACAGCAAGUACAAGACAUGUUGAACACAAAGAAGUUUGGGGAUAUUGCUUUUAGGGACAAAGAUUUCAAGAAUGCAAUUGAUUACUACUCAAAGUUGGUAUCGAUGAUGUCGGUCCCUUCUGGUACCGUUUUUGUGAGGCGGGCACUCUCGUAUUUGAUGAUUGACCAAGCAGAGCUUGCUCUGAGAGACGCGAUGCAGGCUCAGGUGUGCUUGCCCGAGUGGCCCACCGCCUUCUACAUGCAGGCUCUUGCCCUCUCGAAGCUCGGGAUGGAAACCGAUGCACAGGACAUGCUCAAUGAUGGCGCUUCCUUUGAGGCGAAGAAGCAGAACAGCUGGCGCGGUUAAUUAAUCCUGAUGUGCAGAGUCAUUCCUCUGCUCCAACUCAUGCUAUACAGCAAGGGGGGUCGGGAGACAGAGAUUCCUCUGGAAAGAUGCUCUAGGGGUUUGUUUCCGCUUUGUCGACUCAAUUUUCCUUCUCUCCUGGAUAUAGUUUCACUGAGAACGAGGUGCCUGAUGAUAGUAGAGAGUCGAGUAGCCAAGUUUCUAGUUAGGGCAACUUAAUGCUGUAUCAUGCUGAGAAAUCGGGUAGGAAGAGAUUAGCUUUGUCCCAUCACGUUCGAUUUGCUGUGUGUUGAGCUGAAUCUCUGCUGGCUGCAUAUCAUCUGUUGUGGCUUCUCGGCCUUCAUUUCAUCGAUCGUCCAAUUAUUAUGCAGGAUGAUCUUCAUUACAAUUUAAUGAAUGUUUCAGUCCUGGUAAAUGUUGUGAAUUUUCGCGUAAACGAGAAGUUUGUGACAGUGAUGUUGUGUC